AUUGGGGCUGUUCACAAGGGAAUUGGCCUGUUUCCAGGUAAUUUCUUCCCCGCACUACUCCGUGGUUUUGGGCUAUCCCUGGCUUCAGAGGUACAAUCCGACCUUUGGAUUGGCGAUCGGCCGAGAUUCUCUCAUGGUCACCACGGAGUGUGGGGGCUGGUUGCAUCCGUUGACUUUUUAGGCUACAUCAUUUCCCCGGUGGGUUUUUCUAUGGACCCUGAGAAGGUUUCAGCGGUUCUGCAGUGGCCUCGUCCCAGUGGUCUUCGGUCCAUUCAGCGCUUUUUUGGGAUUUGCCAACUAUUAUCGGAAAAAAUUUAUCAGGAACUUUUCCAGCAUUGGCAA